CGGAAUGCCAUGGACAGAGAUGAAAAAACAGCCGUAAUUUCAAUACUUAACUAGUCGUCGUCAUUAUCAAUCGUACGUAACAGUCUGGUUCAUUGCCUUAUUGUCUGCAGGCACGAAAACACUUGACGAAACGAUUCAGUUUAACUGAACACAAUUAAAUAUAAUUAUUUGCUAAUUCAUAAUUAUGAUCAAAUUUCGAUACCUGCUCAUUUGUGGCGUUGCGGCCAGCAUUUCUUCCGCUGCGCCCGUGUCGUCGCCAGGAUUAGAUCCGAUUAAAUAUUUGCAAAAUUUUGGAUGGUUGGACAUCACAAGUAUUGAUGACACUCUGACCCUCGAUUCUGACCAAGUGAUCACCGCCCUCCAAAAUUUCCAAGCUUUUGCCGCAAUUCCACAAACCGGAAAAGUUGACGCCACCACGGUCAACGUUAUGACGCUUCCUCGUUGCGGAGAAACAGAUACUGAUAUCGUCGACGAGGACGUCGAAACGGUGGACAGGUCGCAAGGGCACAAGGUCCUCCGGAGAAAUAAACGCUUCGUGCUGCAGGGAACUCGAUGGAAGACGAGAGAACUGAAAUACAACAUUUCCAAAUAUACGAACGACAUUUCGCACGACGAGGUCGACAAAAUCAUUUCCUCGGCGUUCCGACAGUGGGAAAAUGUCGCGAAUAUUUCAUUCUUUAAGGCAACCCAGGGAAAAAUUCAUAUUGAUAUUCGUUUCGAAAAGAGAUAUCAUAAUGAUGAAGAGACUUUUGACGGUCCUGGUGGAACUACGGCACACGCCUAUUUUCCAAUUUACGGGGGAAACGUACAUUUCGACGAUGACGAAGCCUGGACGACCGGUCAGGACUCGGGCGUCAAUCUGUUUCAAGUCGCGACGCAUGAAAUUGGUCAUUCUCUCGGAUUGGAGCACUCCGAUGUCCAAGAAUCAGUUAUGGCCCCAUUCUACCGUACGUUCCGAACGGAUUUUAAACUCUAUCAGGACGACAUUUUAGCUAUUCAGGCUUUAUACGGCAAACGUGUCCUCACAAUUUGUGACAAUGUCAAAGUUGACGCUGCAACGACGAUGAUCGAUGGAAACACGUAUCUCUUCACGGGAACAUUUGUCUAUCUUCUCACAAAAGAAAAUGAAAUGUCGCUCGAAUCUCCGACCGCAAUUAUGGUCGCAUUUCCCGGCCUUCCAAACAAUUUGGAUGCAGCUUUCACCCGUUCAAACGGAGUCUCGUAUUUCUUCAAAGGCGACGAAUUUUGGCGCGUGACAAACAUGACCGUCGAAACGGACACGUUUCCGAAACAGAUUUCCGAAUAUUUUCCCGGCGUUCCGACCCCGAUCGAUGCCGCGUUUGUGUAUUCCAUCGAUGAAAAUAUAUAUUUCUUUAAAGAUUCCCAAUUUUGGAAAUAUAAUCACCGCAUCGCUCCCCCCGUGUCGGACCCAAAACCGAUUUACAUGUGGCCGGGUAUCCCGGAAAACGGUCUGGACGCCGCGGUCAGCCUGUCGGACAGUUAUGGGAAUAAUUUCACCUACUUUUUUAAGGAUAACCAGUACUGGAAGUUUAAUGACAAAGCGUACUCGGUAUUCCUCUCACAGCCGCCGUAUCCCAAAAGGGUGUCCACCCACUUGUUUGGGUGCAGAGAGUGACAAAUUUUUAGUGGUAUGACAGGUGUCAGAUACUCACAGGUUUAUGGGCGCAUUUCUUAAUUUUAGGGUGACAAUUUAUUUAUACACAAAGCAAAGUCCUGAUUUCCUAAUACGCUUCUAAUUUAUGUUUAUGUUUUACGACAAUAAAAAAUAUUUAGCGUUUUAACCAGUGA